UACUGCACAUGUUUGGGUUAUAAGUCAGCGCGAAUAUUGCUUUUGAUUUUUAUGAAAUUAAACAAAAAAGUUUAUAUCUGAAAAAAUGCGUAAUCUUAAGUUGCAGUCUUGCAAACAAUUAGAAGCUAAAGUGUCCAAUAUAAAAUAUCUAUUGUUGGAUCCCAAUGCAAAUCGAAAAGAAUGUGAUUCAGUUGUGUAUGUAGCAUCCGACUCUCAACUCUUUGAGGUAAAAACAAACAUUGGCGCUAUUAAAGAAUUAGCAGCUGUUCCUGGAAUAGUAGCUGUUGAGUAUUUAGCUUUAAAUAAUGAAAUUUGCUUAGCGACAGAAGCAGGUGAAGUACUUGCGGUAUCCCCUGAGACGGGAACCAUAAAUGAAAGUACUUUUUGUGAUGUUGGCUUGCAAAAUAUGGCUUGGAGUCCCGACCAAGAAGUUGCAGCAUUCAUAACGAAGACAAAUAAUCUUGUCGUUAUGACUUGUACCUAUGACGUCAUAACUGAGCAUGUAUUGAAAGAACAAUGUGAUCCUGAUAGUCAGUUCGUUAAUGUUGGUUGGGGCAAAAAAGAAACGCAAUUUCAUGGAACGGAAGGUAAAACUGCAGCGAAAAAAACAAGCGAUUUUAAACCACCGAAGAAUGUUGAGCUAAUACCACAGGACAUUGAAAUAACAUGGCGAGCUGAUGGUAGUUAUUUUGCUGUAUCUUUUGUUAGUCUUCAAGCUGGUCGAAUGUUUAAAGUGUUUAACAAAGAGGGCGACUUAAAAUACAUAUCUGAACGAUGGAAUGAAUUGCAAAGUCCAAUUGCCUGGCGGCCGACAGGAACAUGGUUAGCUAUUCCUCAACUAUUUCCCAAUAAAACUACCGUGGCACUUUUUGAGAAAAACGGUUUGCGACAUCGUGAAAUCUUAAUGCCUUUCUCGUUGAUUGAUCAACCUAUACGGAGUCUACACUGGAGUAAUGAUUCGGACAUACUGGCAGUUGAAUCUUUUGAGACCUCCACAAAGAAACAGCAUAUAUAUCUUUAUACUAUUAGUAAUUACCAUUGGUAUUUGAAGCAGGUGUUAACUUUUGAUGAGGCAGAUCCUGUCUCAUGUCAUUGCUGGGAUCAACGCAUAGGUGAAGAAAAGACAAUGCAUUUAUGGCUGAAGAGUGGACGCUAUUUCAUUUAUCGCUGGCGUUUCGAUUUUGAUCGGUUUGAACGCAGUGGCAUUGUAGCUGUUAUAGAUGGUAAUAAAUUGCUGAUAACAGAUUUCUCAACGGCCGUUGUGCCACCGCCAAUGAGUAGUGGCGAAAUACAGAUAGAAACAUAUAUUAACGCAUGUGCCAUUACAAAGGAUAACAGACAUGAAAUGCAAAUAUGCAUUUAUGAUGCUAAUGAACAACUGCAAUUGUUUAGAAUUAAAGGUUCUGGUAAUAUGUUAAAAUUUGAUAACAUUUGUACUCUAAAACGAGGUCACAUAGAGUUACAGAAGCACAUUGCGCCACCAAUAGAGAUAGGCAACUUCUUUUGGUUCGAUGAAAGUAACUUGGUAGCAACAGUAAAUAUUGCAAAAACAAGCAAAGUACUUCUACUUUCAUUAGACAUGGGUUCAAAAACAUACAACGUCGCAACAUCAUUGCACUUGAGCAGCAACGCUGUCAGUAGCUGCAUGGGUUUCGCAACAUUGGAACAGUGUUUCGUGCAAACAAUCAAUGGAAAAAUUAAUCAAAUUUCGUUGCAAAGUGACAACACACUGAAAUUGGACAAAUCAUACCAACAAAUGCAGCAAAGUGCGCUGCGUUUGGAGUGGCAUCAAACACAAUCAGCACAAUCUGAUAGUCUUAUUUCCUUGUUAGAAAACCAACGCCUUUAUAUUGAUGGCGAAUUGGUUUCGGGGGAUGUGACGUCAUUUUGUUUGGCAGGCAAUUACUUGGCAUACACAAAACUAACUGAAUUGAAAUUCGUUUUGUUGUCUACACGCCAACAUGUAUAUUCACGAAAUAUGGAGCGUGGCGGUCGUUUAGUUACAACUAUAGCCAAUGAUGCGCGGGUGGUGCUACAAAUGCCGCGUGGAAAUUUGGAAGUUAUUUCACCGCGUGUGUUGUCCUUGGAGAUCAUUGGUCAGUUACUGGAUCAAAAUCGCUAUUAUGAAGCGUUCAAUAUAUUACGAAAGCAGCGAAUUAAUUUGAAUAUAAUAUGUGAUCACAAUAUGGUAAACUUUGUAAAUAAUGUGCACUUGUUUUUAAAUCAAAUAGCUAAUCCGCAUUGGCUAAAUCUUUUCCUGACCGAUCUACAGAAUGAGGACUUUUCCAAAACAAUGUACCACAGUAAUUACGUCACAGCCGAGAAUGUUUAUCCGGAAGGGUUUGAUAUCGCUUCUAAGGUUACUUACCUAUGCGAGCUUUUGUGUUCCUACAUGACUGGAAGUGGGGAUGACCGCUUCCGGUUGCCUAUAAUUACCGCGUAUGUUAAAAUGGGCAAGUUGGAAGAAGCACUUCAAUUAAUUUGGGAGGUGAAAAAAUAUAAAAAUGAAUUGGCCAAAGAAACUACAGAACCAGUAGACGAGGCGGCCGAAGAAGCACUCAAAUACUUGCUGUACUUGGUCGACGUUAAUGAAUUGUAUAACGUGGCUCUAGGCACAUACGAUUUUGGUUUAGUCCUUUUUGUUGCGCAGAAAUCUCAGAAGGAUCCAAAAGAGUUCCUACCAUUCCUUAAUGAGUUGAAAAAGCUUGAAGUUAAUUACCGUAGGUACAAAAUUGAUGAGCAUUUGAAGCGCUAUGAAAAGGCUCUUGAGAAUAUCGUUAAAUGCGGGCGUGAAAAGUUUACCGAAGCCUUGGACUUUAUCAAACGUCAUGACCUAUAUAAACAAGCCUUAAAGUUGUAUCAAGUCAAUGGGGACGUUAUUAGUACAAACCAAGAGUCUCGAAAUAACGUACUUGAAUGCCAGCAAGAAAUCUGUUUGGCUUUCGCUGACUAUCUGCGUGGCAAAAAUGAUCUCGAGAGUGCAAGCAUCAUGUAUGAGCGCGGCGGAAAUAUCGCACAAGCGCUACUCAGCGCUAAGCAUGUAUUGGAUUGGCGACGUGUUCUAAUGUUGGCAAAAAAGGAUUCGCAGGAUGUAGCUACUAUUGCACUAUCCAUGAUGCCAGCACUGCUCGAACAAGGCAAAUACGAAGUAGCUCAUCAAUUGUAUAAAACCUAUGGCACCAAUUUCAAAGAUGCUUUGCAGUGUCUUCUCAAAGGAAAUCUCUUUUUGGAAGCGAUAAUGGAAGCACGUUUGAAUAGCGAUGAAAACGAUUUGUUGGAAGGUCUUGUCAAGCCAGAGCUGCUUAUGUAUAGCAGACAACUAAGACAACAAUUUGUUGAUGACGAAAAGCAAUUUCUUGAGUAUAAACAACGUUUGAAUGAUGUACGUAUCUUGGCACAACAAAAACGCGAUGGUAUCGUUAAUGGCUAUGAUCAGUGUGAUAUUGACGAAGCAGAUCUGCUGUCUGACACUACCAGCUUACGGUCAUCACGAUAUACGGGCAGCUCGCAGGGCACAGGGAAAACAUUCCGCUCCAGCAAGAACCGCCGAAAGCACGAACGAAAAUUGCUUAGCUUGAAACCUGGUAAUCCUUUCGAAGAUAUUGCUCUUAUCGACGCCUUGUAUAACCAAGUGGUGAAGUUGGCCAACCAACAGCAGCGGGUGCGUGACACAUGUAAAGCAUUACUCGAACUGCAGAUGGAUGAUGUGGCGACUGCACUACAAACACAAUUCGGCGUCUUACUAGCAUUACUUCAAGAUUCGUUUGAUGCGAUAUGGACAGAAGAAAUGGUGAAUGCUCAAGCUAUGCAGUAUAAACCAACACCUUACACCGAUUACACAAAACUGCAAAAUGAGCAACGAUAUGCUGUGCUGGCUCCCCAUAAACGUUUCAAGCCGCAACUGAAUCUUAUUGAUUGGAGGUGUGAAAUACUCGCUUGUGAUCAUUAAAUAUUUGAUAGAUAAAGGUAAUAACAUUUACGUGUUUGGUUACUAGGACUGGUCUUGGGUGAAAUGUGUAAUCGCCAAGUUUAACAAAAAUUAAUGCAAAAGUACUUUAGUUCUUAAAUAAAAAUUGUAUUUACUUUGAAAUUUGUAUAAAGACAAGCAAAGCACUAAAAUUUUAA